AUGGGUAACGUUCCAACAAAAUUAGACCAAGAUGGUAAUCCCAUUGAACCUGUUUCUAGACCUGGUUAUCCAUCUGGUACUACUGGACCAUCGAGUACAGGAACUACUAUAAGUACACAAUCUGGUAACGAUACAAAAACGAGGAAUAGGAGAGCAUCAUCUUUAGUGAGUAGUUUUUUAAAUACAGGUAAUCGAUACCGUAGUGGAUCUAUGCAAGAUGGUACUUAUCAUUCGCCUCAUAAGAGACGUAGUACAAAAGAAAAAGAACAAUUAAAAGAACAACAUGCAAGAAAUAUACUUGUAAAAUAUGAUGAAUCUGUUGAUGGAGGGUUUAUGGCUCCAUUUGGAUCAUAUAGUUAUGAUAAAUUAGAUUAUGAUACAACGGUAGUGAAAUCUUUAAUUAUUCAAAGAAGAUUAGCUCCAUUUUACACACCUUUACAAGAUUUUGAUUCAUCAUGGUCAAGAGAAGAAUUAUUAAAAAUUGUUGACGGAUUACCAUUACAUGCAUCGUUUGAUGAAAAUCCCGAAGAGUUUGAAGAUAUACCUAUUGGAGAUUUAAAUAAAUCCAAUUUUGAUCAUUUAAUUAAUAAAAAUGUAAGUAAGAAAGAAUAUCGUAAUAUGCAUUCAAAAAUUUUUAAAGCAAGAUUGUAUAGAAAGAGGAUAAUUUGGCAAGAGACAGAAAAUGAAUCAUUUUUAGAGACAAAAUUAGAAGUUAGAGAAGGUAAAGCACAAAAUAGUUAUUUACCAAGUGAUGAUUUAAAAUUUGAUUUAUAUUCAAAUGGAUCUGAAUGUCCAAUUUGUUUCCUUUAUUUUCCUGAACCAUUAAAUUAUUCCAAAUGCUGUCAACAACCAAUUUGUACAGAAUGUUUCGUUCAAAUAAAGAGAGCAGAACCACAUUUCCCUCACGAAGAAGUUGACCCAACAAAACCAAUAAAAGAUGACAGUGAAAAGGAUCCAAAUUUACUAACUUCAGAACCAUCAAAUUGUCCUUAUUGUGCAACUGCAAAUUUUUCAAUUGUUUAUACUCCACCAUUAACUCGUAAAGUAGGUAUUCAAGGUAUUCCUCCAGCUAGAUAUAUAAGUUCUGAAAUAAACCCAGAAAUAAUUGAACCAUUACAAAAAGACAAAAAUGAAAAUGUAACAACACCAAUUUCAAAUAAUAUUGUCAGUUCAGAUGAUAUACGUCCGGAUUGGGAAACGAAACUAAAUAAAGAAAGAAUUAGACUUGCGCGAAGAUCAGCUAAUGCUACAGCUAUUCAUGUGAGUAAUCAAUUAAUUGAUCCAGAUUAUACUAGUACUAGUAAUGAUACUACAAUGUCUUCUUCAAAGAGAUCUACAAAUACUACUUCAAGACAUGGAAGUAAUAGUGCAUCCAGAGGAAGUAGACAAAGAUCUAGACAAAGUAUGAAUGAUCUCGAGAAUCAAAUGAUACAGGAGGCAAUUAGAUUAAGUCUUGAAGAUGAACAACAAAAUAAAUCACCUAAAAAGAAAUAG